UGUUGUGGGUUGCUGUCUUCGUCUGCGGGUGGCGGCCGACUCCCUGGGUUAUAGUUUCUGCUAUCCCUGUGGUUCCUUUCAUUCCUGUUUUUUUCAGAGUCUUACCUUUUUGAGCUGUCUUAGUGUUCUAUUUAAGUAUUUUUGCAGUCCCGGAACUGGGAUAAUGGAGGCUGGCACGGCAUAGUAUAUCAGAGAAGUUCUCUGAUUGGUCCUGUCUUGAAGCAUGAAGGGAUUGACAACCCGUCAAGUUAGGAUGCCCUCCCCAUACCUCGAAAAAGAACACUUCACUUGCUGUAACAAUGCGAGCUUUAGAGCAAGCAGUAAAACGUGCAAAUAUCGAUCCUACUGUGAAAGCUGUUGUGAUAUGUGGAGCAAAUGGAAAAUUCAGUGCAGGUGCUGAUAUCAAAGGCUUUUCCAACAAUGACCGAGGAGACAUGCCCAGUUUGGAGACAAUCAUUUCUUUAAUAGAGAAGAGUGAAAAGCCAAUGGUGGCUGCUAUUGAAGGCAUGGCAUUUGGAGGAGGCCUGGAGGUGGCAUUGGGCUGUCAUUACAGGAUUGCACACAUGCAGGCUAAGGUAGGUUUGCCUGAGGUCUCCAUAGGUUUACUUCCAGGUGCUGGUGGGACUCAACGACUUCCCAGACUGAUUGGAGUACCUGCUGCACUUGACAUCAUCACCACAGGAAAGCAUGUGCCAGCUGCAGAAGCAUUAAAACUGGGAAUCCUAGAUGAGCUCGUGGAAGAAAAUACAGUGGAAGCAGCAAUGAGCUUUGCAGAAAAAGUAUCUGCUUCAAACUGUAUGCGAUGCGGGGGCAUGGAGGAAAAAGUAUGGCAGUGGGCGCCACUUGAAGGGCUGCUGGUUCUUGCAUGCUCAUUGUUUGCAGCCAAAGAUCAGCCACUGGAGCCACGCAGACUCUGCCUGAAACAAACCCCAAGGCUACCCAACACUGAAGCCAUCCUUGAUGAAGCAUUUGUGAAGGUGAAGAAACAGGCCCAAGGGUGCCUCUCACCAGAACUAUGCUUCAGAGCUGUGCAAGCCUCCGUGUACCUGCCCUUUGCAGAGGGUAUUCGCAAAGAGAGAGAGCUCUUUCUCUUCCUCCUGACUUCAGGCCAGGCCAAAGCAUUGCAAUAUGCCUUUUUUGCACAAAGAGCUAUGGGAAAGUGGACAUUGCCCAAUGGAGCAUCCUGGAAAAAUGCAUCCCCUCAGCCGAUCAAGAGAGCAGCUGUGAUAGGUUUGGGGACGAUGGGCCGAGGCAUCGUGGCUUCUCUGGUGAAGGCCAAGGUUCCAGUAGUGGCUCUAGAGCAGGAUAAGACGCACUUGGAGCUGGGAAGGGGAGCUGUGAUUGCCCAUUUAGAACGUGAAGCUUUAAGAAUGCAAAAGAAUGGUCAAAAAUUUGAUGUAUAUAAACCAGGUCUGCUUCAGUUCACUCUGGAUUUUGGUACACUGUGGGAUGUAGAUCUGGUUAUUGAGGCUGUCUUUGAGGAUAUGGCACUGAAGAAAGAGAUCUUCCAGAAGUUGUCAGCCGUCUGCAAACCUAAGACUUUUCUGUGCACCAACACCUCUUGUCUGGAUAUUGAUGAGAUUGCUUCUGUCACUAGUCACCCUCACCGGGUCAUUGGCACCCAUUUCUUCUCACCAGCUCAUAUGAUGAAACUGAUAGAGAUAGUCUAUGGUCAGCAUACAUCCCCCGCUGCCAUUGCCACAGCCAUGAACCUAGCUAGGGCUAUGGGCAAAACUGGAGUUGUAGUAGGGAAUUGUUUUGGUUUUGUUGGAAACAGGAUGCUGAAUUCUUAUACUGAACAAACUUAUCUCUUAUUAGAAGAGGGCAGUACUCCAGAGGAGGUAGACAAAGUUCUAGAGGAAUUUGGUUUUAAAAUGGGUCCCUUUCGGGUAUCAGAUCUUGCUGGGCUUGAUGUGGGUUGGAGAUCUAGGAAAGGACAAGGUCUGACUGGAGCCAAUCUACCUCUUAGCACUCCAGCUCGCCAACGAGGUGGCAAUCGAUACAGCCCGCUCCCUGAUAUCCUGUGUGAGAAGGGGAGAUAUGGCCAGAAAACUGGCAAGGGUUGGUACCAAUAUGAUAAACCUGGGGGAAAGGUAGCAAAGUCAGAUCCAUGGCUUCAUAAUUUCCUCUCUGACUAUAGAAGUGCUCAUAACAUUGCACCACGUACCAUAACCCAUGAUGAGAUCCUGGAGCGUUGUUUGUAUUCCCUUGCCAACGAAGGUUUCCGGAUAUUGUCUGAUGGAAUAGCAUCUUGUCCAGAAGCCAUUGAUACAAUCUAUAUUAAUGGUUAUGGCUGGCCCAGACAUAGGGGUGGUCCCAUGUUCUAUGCUUCUGAGGUCGGGUUACCUAAGGUUCUAGCAAAGCUGCAGAAGUACGCUAAGGCUAAUCCUGAUGUACCCAGACUACAGCCCAGUGCCUUUCUGCAGAAACUUGUGGCCUUGGAGAGUCCACCACUGAAGGAAUGGCCAUCCCUUGUGGGAUCUCGGCAAAAUAAGUUGUAAUUGCACUGCAGCCUGUGUUUCCAGUUUAAAUAUUUCGACUGUUCCAAUCCAAACUGAAACAUAGCACAUUACAGAACAAUGUCACUGUCUCUUCUGAUUUCAGUACAAUGUACACAGACAUGUACCCUGUCUCUGUGAAUGAUAGAUUGUUGCUCCAAAUGUGCCUUUUUAUCAUACCGAGUCUGUUCCUUGAAAUGCUGCCUGAGGGUCUUGCUUGAAAACACACACUUUCCUUUCUGAUGAAGCUACCCAGCCUGUGGUUGAUCUCUUCAUAGGAACAUAGGAAGCUGCCUUAUACUGAGUCAGACCAUUCGUCCAUCUAGCUCAGUAUUGUCUACACAGACUGGCAAUUUCCUGGGCCCUGGCCAAGCAGCUCAGAAUAGGUGACAAAGCUGAGGGGGAAGAUGUGAAGGCAAUGUUUGAGAGCCAUAAACUACUUCAGAAAUAAAAUGUGGUGAAGUUAAUCAAACCUCAGAACCCCUGAAGAGAAAUUUGGCUGAGGAAGAUAAUUUCUUGCUUUGGAGAAUUCAGUUUUCUCUAUCUUUCAUGCUUUGUGAAUUAUACCAAAUAAUUACUAAAAUGUCUGUAGCAGAAGCUAGUGCCUCACUUCCUGCUCCCUCCCUUUUCUAAAUCAGUGUCUCAUGGCCUUUCCAAAACUGUAAAAUCUCCUCAUCAGCUUCUGUGUUUUUCUUUUUCAUGGUAUGCAGUUGCUCAACUGAAAAGUAUAGAAGUGCCUUGGGAAGCAUACUGGUUUUAGGACAUGCAUCUCCGGUAUUCCAUAGACAUGUUGCUAACAAACAGGCUCCCAUAAGGAAAUGAAAGAACUAUUUUAAUCUGCCUGACAUUUGACGCAGAAAAUGAGAGGUGCUGUCCCAGUCUCUGACUGGGAAUUGUGAUGGUCAGGUCAUCAGACCAGUUUUUUGUUGGUUGGGGGCGGAGAUCCAGAAUUCUUAUACUUCUACUUUCUCAUACUUCUACUUUGUUGAAAAUCAAAAGAUCACUGAGAUCCAACAGUCAUUUUCUUAAUAAAAUCAUUUGGAUUAACCACA